AUGUGGAUAACCUUUUAUCUCUACUUCUACAUCUUCUACAUUCCAUCAAUAAUGUUUUGUAUCUUCAUAAACUACAUCAUGCGAAAACAUCUCAAAUCCGGUGCAUUCUUCUAUAUUUUCUUCGUCUCCGGUAUUUGCGAUAUUUAUCAUUGCGCAAUUUACAUCUGGCUACACACCGUGAUUUUGGCCUAUCCUUGCUAUCUUUUUGUGAUUACUUCGCAUUUUUUCUCGUUUUUUGAUAUGCAUUUGUAUAUUAUUCAUAUUUUGGUCAAUUUUUUGAUGGCGGUUAAUCGAUUUAGCGCAACUUUUUUGAGUUAUUCAAAGGUUUGGGUGUUUUUCUUUGGGAUUUAUAUUUGACCGACACGACAUUUCUUGCAGUUCUGGACCCCGAAACUCGUCAACACAUAUCUAAUCACAGUUCUACUUAUCUCAACAAUAUCUUGUUAUCCAAUAUUCAUGGAAGAUAAAGAUAUCAUAAUCACCGAAGAACGAGCAUACGUCAAAGAAAAACAUGGUUUAUAUGUGCAACGUAUAAUCGACGGGAUUUACAUCAUAAUCUUUGAAUCAGCCACGAUUUUCAUCACUGUUUUGACGAUUUAUCGAUUGAAGAAUUUCAAGCCCGCACGGGAGAAGAAAUUGAUUAUUGUGACUGCUGGACAUUCGAUGUUUGCGAUGACUAUUGAGUUCUAUGAGAUUGCCACGGUUUUUGGGUUCAGUGAUCCGCUUUCAGAGUUUGUGGAGAAUUAUGUGAGUUUGAAAAGGAGGCAGGGUUUUACCGGUGAAAUGUUUUAGUGGAUGGCAUUCUCCUACGCUCUUCUCUCCUGCAACUUCUACACAAUUUUGUUCGCCGAUUCGCGAAUUCGAAAAGCAGUUUUUUCGUGUUCGAUUUUCGAGCGAAAAUCGACGAUGAUUUUCACAAGAACAAGUAAUACGCUUUGAGUUUUUGUUUUGUUUUGAAUAAUAUCUAGCAAUCUCUAGGGAAUUCAUGAUGAUAAACAUAAUUUUUUAUCAUGAAUUUAUAUAUUUUCAAACUUCACUUUAUUCAAAUCACCUGUUUGACCAAAAUACGUUUUUUCUUUGAAUAAAAAGGUUGAUUAGCUUGUCAGUUGUAUGUAUUCACGAGUUUAAAAAGUUCCUGAUUACAUUUCAAAAAAAAAAUCCCAACCAGGAAAUAAAUGAAUUUUGUUCCCCAACUUCUCAUCUACUUAUUCUAUAUCCCUGUAAUACUUUCAAGUUGUAUCAUAGCCUUCAUAAUCUCUCAAAAAUAUCUACGAUUCGGCCCAUUCUAUCAGAUUUUCCUGGCCUCUGGGGUCCUGGAUAUUCUACACUGUGUGAUCUAUCUAUGGCUUCAUUGGGUAAAAGUUUGUUAUCCCAGUCAACUCUACAUCGAUACCGCCCAUUUUUGCACAUUUUGGGAUUUGCAUUUUUCUGUCACUCAUGUUUUGUAUAAUUUUUGGAUGGCGGUUAAUCGAUUUAGCGCAACUUUCAUGAAUAGUGGAAAGGUAACAGCUAUGACGUGGUAUUUAAAGAGAUUUAUUUUUUUUUAAGUUUUGGACGGCUAAACUUACCAAAAUAUACCUAUUCGUCCUUUUAAUUAUCUCAAUGAUAUCUUCCUAUCCAAUUUUUGUUGAAGAUAAAGAUAUCACAAUAAAAGAUGGAAUUGUUACAAUUAUUCAAAAACAGGGAUUAAUUAUACAGCGUAUAAUAGUUGCGGGAUAUGGAAUAAUCUUUGAAACCUUCUCAAUUAUCCUAACUAUAAUUACAGUUUAUCGAUUAAGACAUUUCAAAACUUUUUAUGAGAGAAAAUUGAUAAUUGUUACAACUUCGCAUACCGCGCUAUGCUUGAUUUUCAUAAUUUAUGAAAUUGCAGCGGUUUUCAAAUUCACCGAUCCAAUUUCCCAGUUUAUUCUGGCACAUCGAACAAUUCUUGCCUAUUUUUUUCUAUGCUCUAAUUUUUAUACAAUUAUGAUUGCUGAUUCGAGAAUUCGACAAGAUUUUCUGGCGGUGUUUUGGGGGAAGAAGAGUGAGAAUCGGGUUUGCAACCAAGUUAGCAUAAAUAUAUAAAAAUUUUAAUGUAUCUUGUACCCAAAGAUUAUUUUUAUUUUCCCAUAAUUUUUUUUUUUUGAAUUGAAAACAAUAAAUAAUUACUCUAUGAUUAUACUUACUUAUAAAUUGUGAGUACUAAAAUCACUAUUCAAAAAUGUUGAUAAUCUUUCAACUCAACUUCUACAUCUUCUACAUUCCAACAAUAAUCCUAUGCAUUCUAACAACCCUAAUCCUCCGAAAACACCUAAAAUCCGGUGCAUUUUUCUACAUUUUCUUCGUCUCCGGAAUUUGCGAUAUUUAUCACUGCGCAAUUUACAUUUGGUUACACACCGUGAAAUUGACUUAUCCUAACUACCUCUAUAUUGUAACUUCGCAUUUUUGCGCAUUUUUUGAUAUGCACUUAUAUAUUAUUCAUAUUUUAUGUAACUUUCUGAUGGGUCUCAAUAGAUUUAGCGCAACUUUUAUGAAUUUUUCGAGGGUGAGUUAUGACGUGGCAAUCUUGGAAAGGUUUCUGAUUGGUAAUCAAGGGGUUUAAGGUUGCUAUGUAUUUAGAACAACUAACAAUUAAAAAUCUUAGUGAUUAUAGUUUAAAAGCUACAGUAUAGAUAUAUGUAUUUGACCGCGACGCACACGCAGCGCGGUCUAAAACAUCAACAUUUCUUGCAGUUCUGGACGCCUGAAUUAACCAAGAUCUACCUGAUCUCAAUUUUAAUUAUAUCUACAAUAUCAUCCUACCCGGUUUUUCUGGAAGAUAAGGAUAUCAUAAUAACCGAGGAAAAAGCCAUAAUUAAAGAAAAACAUGGAUUGUAUGUGCAACGUAUAAUUGAUGCGAUUUAUAUCAUAAUCUUUGAAUCAGCCACGAUUUUCAUCACUGUUUUGACGAUUUAUCGAUUGAAGAAUUUUGAGACUACUCACGAGAAGAAAUUGAUUAUUGUGACUGCUGGACAUUCGAUGCUGGCUUCAGCUAUUCUAUUUUAUGAGAUUGCCACUGUGGCUGGGUUCAGUGAUCCGGUUUCAACGUUUUUGGGGAGUUAUGUGAGUUUUUUUUGGGGGGGGGGCAGGGACCUAGCUAGAAAAACCUAAAAAUUUCCAGUGGAUGGCAAUUUCCUACGCCCUUCUCUCCUGCAACUUCUACACAAUCCUAAUCGCCGAUUCUCGAAUUCGCAAACAACUUUAUUCCCGGAUUUUCGGAAAAACUGCAAAAAAUCCGGAGAAUUCUAUGAUUUUCACCAGAACAACCACUUUGUAG